CGAAGACCUGCGUUGCGUGUCCGUCGAUGCACCUCGUAUGCCGCCGGGCCCUCGGGUGGGGGGGAUCUGCAGCCCUUCCCCCGGCUCCGUGUGUGUGUCUUUGCGCGGAGGAGCUGGUUAAGAAAAAAUGUGCCUCAGAGUCGGCUGACCUCAGACCUUGCAGAAACCUGCUUUAUCAGAGCUGUGAUGGCCAGUCAUCAAGCAGAAGUUCAGAGUUUGAAGCUAGAUAAUGAUUCAGUUAUAGAAGGAGUAAGUGACCAGGUACUGGUGGCCGUUGUGCUCAGUUUCACUUUCAUUGCUGCUCUGGUAUUUACGCUUUUAAGGAAUGAACAUCAGAACAUACAUCCAGAAAAUCAAGAGCUAGUGCGAGCUCUUCGUCAACAGCUUCAAACUGAUCAGCAGGAUGCUUCUGCUGGUGAUCGGCAUCGCUUCUAUACAGACAUGUCGUGCCCAGUCUGUUUGCAACAGGCUACAUUUCCUAUAGAAACGAACUGUGGACAUCUCUUCUGUGGUUCCUGCAUUAUUGCCUACUGGAGAUAUGGCUCAUGGCUGGGUGCCAUCCGCUGUCCAAUCUGCAGACAGACGGUAACACUGUUCUUACCGCUCUUCGGUGAAGAUCAGCAGGGUGCAGCCCAAGUGUUUCAAGAUGUUAAUGAUUACAAUCGAAGAUUCUCAGGACAGCCCAGAUCGAUUAUGGAAAGAAUUAUGGAUCUCCCCACUUUAUUGCGACAUGCUUUCAGGGAGAUGUUUUCUGUAGGGGGCCUCUUCUGGAUGUUUCGCAUCAGAAUAUUCCUCUGCUUGAUUGGAGCCUUGCUGUACCUGGCUUCACCUCUGGAUUUUCUUCCUGAAGCUCUGUUUGGAAUUCUGGGUUUCUUGGAUGAUUUCUUUGUCAUUUUUCUUCUGUUAAUAUAUAUCUCUAUCAUGUACAGAGAAGUGGUAACACAGCGUCUAAAUAGAUGAAAUGGACAAAAGUGACCUAAAAGCAGUCAAUUGUGGAGUGUUUUAAAAAGAAAACUAUAACAUAAGUAUGAUAUAGCAAGGUGCCUGUGUAUGAUUUCAGUAGUAACAAUUUCUUAGCUGGUUAUGUUAUACAAACACAAAGAGUUAAUAUAUGGUGAUGCUUAACUGGAAUCUUUAAGUUGUGCAUUACAUAUGCUUCAUAAGAAUGAGGUUAGUUUUCAAAUGUUGUAAUAAACCACCUCCAUCUACUUCCACCUGAUGAGCAACUGUGUAAUGAAAGCAGGAAACACUUUUUUUGGUGUGUCAUGGUUUGUGAAAAAGGAGUUCUAGCAAAGUACUUCAGAAAAUAAGCCCAUUUGCAUAAUCUAGUUGUGUAAGAAAAUUCAGAAAUUAUUCACAGUACAGUUAUCAUGGCUAAAUUGUUUGAUAUCUUCCUGUUGUGGGCUAGAAAUUUUUGAAAUAAAAUUAGCUUUGUUUGUCUCUGUGAAAGAAGAAACCCAAGGACUGCAUUACAGUUAUCACCCUGCAGUUUGCUGUUAUCCACAUGCUUCAGAAAAAUAAGGAUAAUACCUUGGUAUUGCUUGAACUGCACUAUGUACAGUUGCAUGCAAUUUGUAUAAUUUUAUUUUUAUAUUUGGGAAUAUACACACAGUAUCUACUCUACAUUGAGAAACCAGUAUUAUGCACAUCACACUUGUUAUUCUCUAUUUUUUUAAGUGAGAGCAUGGUUUUUCUCUUCAGACUUUUUUAUUUGAUAAGUAUGUGUCUUAGAAGCAGAGGCUUUGUGCUGCUUUGGGUCAAUGCAAUAUGUCUGAAAUGCAACUACACAUUUCUGUAGAUGCAUUAAAACAUUUGGCCAAUUGUAGAGGACACUCAAAUUUCAAAUAGUGGUUGAAAAGAAGAAGUCAGAACUGAAUGUUUACACUACAUGUACAUGUAUUUGUAUGUGUACAAUGUAGAUGUUUAUCCAAAUGUACAUUCUGCAAUAUAUGUGUACUAAACAAAAUAGAUAUUGGGGUGAUUUUCAGUUGGAGUUUUCUUGUUUCAUUGGUUGUUUGAUUUGGAUAUCAAUAGAAAAGGUUCUGAAUUAUCCUGAAAAAUAGUCUGUGAUAGGAGACCACAAAAAAUAUUGAAAGUGUUUUCAGAAAUACCAGGGUAUUAAUUAUCCUUAAAGCUGUGGGGUUUUUUGUAGUGGUGGGUUUUUUGGUUUUUUUUUUUUUUUUUAAUGUUGAAUUUGAGCAUAGACUAUCAUAAAUAUACAAGUAAUUUGAAAAUGCUUUCAUUUUGAGCAAUGAUUGCCACUAUAAAGGUCCAGGAUAUGGCAGAUCAUUGUACUUUUUAGCUAGAUAGUUGCAAUUUAACUUCCUGAUUACUUGAAAGACAGUGAAUUAAUAGGUGAUUCUUUGUGUGUUUACAUAUAAAGGUGAGACUUACAAUGAAAGGGACCUUUUCACCAUGUCUGUGUUUUCCCCUUGCAGGUGUCUUUUCACAGCUUCUAGCAUUUAGGCAUGUGCAGGAAGAUGAUAGAGCUGAAACCUCAGGUGUCAGUCAUUGAGGGUACAGAUUGUCCUUCAGUGUCAGUGUUCUAAAUGACAUUAAUUUAAAACUAAAUUCACCAAUUCUUCAUUUGAAAAUUUAGUCUUGGAAAUCCAAGGACAUUUUACAAAUGAACUGGAAAGCUAAAUUUUCUUUGUUGCUGUUUGCUAGAGAUGGGUGAGAAGAAGGAGGUGAAGCAAGGGUUGGAGGAAGAGAGCUAGAGAGAAAAUGACAUUUUUUGGAAACAAGUGCUAACUAACUCUUCUUGAGCAUCUUGGUUGAGCUUUUCCCAUUGCGUUGGCAUUGCUAAUGUAUGAUGAUGUUUUAGCAGCUACCUCAGUUAAAACUCUUUUAAGGUAUUAUUGAAUAAGUAUGAGAUACUCAUAAAGCUGUUAAAUGCAUUUACAAAGGAACAUAGUCAUUUAGGAUGUUACGUAAAAGAGGAUUUCACAGUUUUGCUGUAAGUAUUGUUUUUUGUUUUGGGGUUUUCUUUCCCAAGAAAUCUAGCUGAAAAAAAACCCAAAAAAUCUUUUUUGAUUGAAUAAAUUUAACACCCUUUUUUCUUCUGGAGUUUAAGUUGUAGGUCUACUUAGAGAAGAGUGUGAACUGCUCUUGUAGAGUAAUUAGGGUUUGUUCAUGGGUUUUGUUGAUCUAGUACCUCAUCCAUACUUUUAUCCUAUGAUUAUAAUUUUCCCGUGACUCUCUAAAUCCAGAGUGGAUAUAGAUGCACAUGAAGCUGCUUACUGAUUGGUUUUCUUUGAAUUUCUCAGUUCCUUGUGCUAUUGUGAAGUUCAUGUCACAGGGGAUUCUGUGUAUCUGAAAUCAUACACAAACCACAUCUGAAAGAUUAUAUGAAGUUUCCCCAUGUUCUUCAGUACAUUUUUGAUAGCCAGAAGGGUUUCACUCAGAGGCUUCUGCUUACUUUUGAGUCUUGAGUAACAUUGUAAUCUUUAAUUCAACACAUUAAAUGCUUGACAGAAUUAGGACUGUUCUUUUCAGCGAUAUGCGUGCUUGCUUGUGGAUAUUCUUUUUUUUUGUCCUGCAAGGCGAUGAUAAACAGCAUUAUGACUCCUUCAGGCCUUUUUGUGUAAUGCGAAGAUGCAUCUGUCCUGCAAUGUCUGGCCACUGCUCCUUUCCACAAAUCAGAAUAGCUGUAAGUUAGCUAUCUUGGGUACUUAGCUUGAGCUUAACUUAAGCUCCAGAACUCCCAAGUAGCUGGAGACUAAAACAGGAGCAUGUAGUAUUCCUGAACUGUGUGCUGCCAAGUUGUUCUGGUAGUAGUGUGAAAGGUAAGGGUGAAGGUAAGGGUUAAGGCUGAAUACUGGCUUCAGAAUGUGAAGGAAUUAUGUGAUGCUGUGUGCAGAGUGACUGCAAACAUUGCUGUGGUUUUGUCUCCUGAGGUGGGGCAGGCAUGUGACUAGGAGGGGAAAAUUUAAAAAAGGAAAACUACAGCAGGAAGAUGUGUGGGGAUAAAACACAGUUCUUAAAAGAUCACAUGGGCACCAAAAGCUAUGUGAAAUAUUUGAUUGUUCUAGCAAUAUUAACAAAGAGGAAAACAAAAAUUAUACUUAAUAGCUCUUACAAAAUAACUUGUAGCAUCUUGAGGCCUAAUGAUCAUCACUGUAUAGAGCGAUCCAUUUCUGUGCUGUUUGUGUGCCACACCAUUGAUGUCUGUGAGGAUCAGGCACAACAGUGUGGUUUGGGGAUACAAUUUUGCCGUAAGUUUCAUAAAACUGUAGCAGUAUGUUACACUAGAUUUUUAAGACAAAAGAAUUUAAAACUACUUGUUGUUACUUUUAAUUAUAAUAAAUUGCUGUUAAAGAGA